AUGAUGUUGGAUGAAUUAGUUGAUUUAGACGAAGCAAGAUUAAGUACCUUAGAAUUAUUAAAAAGGCAUAAAAAGAUAGUAGAAAAGUCGUAUAGCAAAAAGGUCAAAGUUAAAUUAUUUUCGACUGGAGAUUUAGUGUGGAAAAUGAUUUUACCUAUGGAUCGGAAAGAUAUAGCACUUGAAAAAUGGUACCCUAAAUGGGAAGGCCCUUUUCAAGUUACUCAAGUUUUCUCAGACGGUGCAUAUGAAAUCGAAGACUUAGUUGAAGAUCAAAGACUCUUGAGAAUAAAUAGGAACUAUUUGAAGAAAUAUAAGCCUGCAUUUCAGGAGGUAAAAAUAGCGAAAGAGCUUCAAUUUCCUUCUUAUUCUGCUGUCCGGGUUUCUGAUUUACUCUGA